AUGACGAUCUCGCUUCUUCCCUGGAGCCUGCUGGCUCUGGUUGAGGCCGUCCUCGCAGACCCGCUGCCAUACAAUCCCGCGCGCAUACUGAUUGCACCCAAUGCAUCCAGUGGAUAUGUGUUUCAGGCAUCGGCCGAGACUGCUGGGCAGGCGGUCUUGAGCACAUUCGCACUGGGCAAGAGGUUUGCGACUACCGGCCUUACGACAAUCGCAGUGUCAAACAUACCCUCUUUCUUACAAGAUGGUGGCUCAAGUCCAUAUUCUGCGACAGUGGACCCUUCUGGCAACAUUACGGUCAUCACGGGGGAUUGUAUAAAAGGCUCAGACAGCACCGAACUUUGGAGGUUCUCACCAGGCCAUGCGAGUAGCGAGGGCGAUGGGACAUGGGCACAGUUUACAACCUCUCGGGAUGAGUUGGCGUCAACUGCGACAUGGACGGGAGCGAACUACUUGGCCAACGCGAUCGCAUUUUCUGGAUCCGUGAGCCAGGAUGCCGCGGACAUGGGCUAUUACAUGUUUGGCGGCAUGUGUCCAUUUGCGAACGCCUCUACUGCUAAUUGGACGAGCGAUGCUGGCUAUUCGCAAAACAUGCUUUCGUUCAAUCCCGAUGUGUCAACAAGUCACGGCACAAACUACGACGUGAGCUCUGUUGCGACACGGGGGCCUCCCAUUCCCGAGGCAGGCUUCACUAUCACUGGGCUGACACCCACAUACUCGAUGAACGCUACUGGGCAACCUCAAAGCCAGCAACAGGACUUUCUUCUCAUUGGUGGGCAUACGCAGCAGGCUUUUAUCAACAUGUCCAAUGUUGCGCUCUUCUCUCUGCCUCAGGAAAGCUGGGCUUUCGUGCCUGUUGAGCAACCAUCAGGCGCAAGAACGGACCUUGCCAAAAGACAAUCAUCUGCCAUCAUCGAGCCCAGAUCUGGCCAUACUGCAGUGCUCUCCGCAGAUGGAACAAGCAUUAUUGUGCUUGGGGGAUGGGUUGGGGACAUCUCAAAUCCCGCCCAACCACAAUUGGCUAUCUUGCAUCUGGGCUCGGAGUAUGGCGGUGCUGCCUCAGAGGCUUGGACGUGGUCAAUACCCGAUCAAUCCAGCGACUUCUUCUCCGAAGAUACAGGAAUCUAUGGACAUGGUGCGGCGAUGCUGCCGGGUGGGCUUAUGAUGAUCUUUGGCGGGUACUCCAUUUCGGCUUCUUCCACUGCCAAACCCAAACGAGCGGCGUCGCAGAACACGUACCUUUAUAAUGCGACUUCUGGCGCCUGGGUGGACUCAUACAACCCUCCAUCGAAUCUGCAAGUAGCCGAGGACAACCGAGCAUCAACUUCGGGACCUCUCAGUACAACGUCUCAACAGACAGGAUUGGGAGUCGGGCUUGGAAUCGGUGUACUGGCGUUAGCUGGUGUCACCUGCCUAUACUUCUGGUACAUGAGAAAGUUGAAGAAGGAGCGGGAAGACAGAGAACGAGAUCUCAUGUGUCACUCCUCCGACGGCUCCUUCAUGGCCCUGGAGCGUCCGUACAACAUGGACAACGCCGGCGUCGAUGGACGAGGUGACGAUGUGUACGCCAUGGAGCAUGACUCGGCGGAUCAGAUGAAGCAGACAGGAUCGACUGGCUUGUUCAGCCAUGUACCCAGCCCAACUCGUGGUCUCCGCAAAGGGAUGCAGGACAGGCCAUAUAUGUUUCAUGCAGCACCUCGAUAUGAUGACAAUCGUGCGAGCCGCGGCAGUGGCAACAUUCAUCCCAUCCUCGAGCGACCGGACGAGGACGACUCCAUUCGAGGGGAUGAAGAGAUGGUCAUGGAGUCAGAUGCCGUACAACGACUACGGCGAGUUGAGCACGCCCUCGACCCUGGGGCUCGAACACCAGAAAGGAGUUUACGAGAACUGCAGCGCGCUCUGCAGGCCGGAUCCACGCCCAUUCGAGAUCCCUUCGCAGACCCCGAUCCAAAUCCACUUGGAAGUCACCCGGUCUCCCCCAUCAGUCCUGAGACAUUACGACGCGUUCCGACACACGCCGGUCGAGAUGUCUCCCCGGUCAGACGGCCUUUGAGCACAGAAAUGGACGGCUCAAUGAACUGGAUGAUCGUCGAGCAGCAGGAUGGCCCGUUCGACCCUUCAGACCCAUCCAGUGCAUCGUCGAAUGGCCGUUCCUCCCCCACGAGGACUGACGAUCGGACGUCUUCGACGCUGAGUGAAAGAUCGCAGCGGUCUCAUGCGUCCAGCACAUCUAUCACAAGAACCAUGUCGACACGGACUGGCGCGCUUCUCGCUGCUGCAUUAUCUAAGAGCAGGGGUGAGGUCGAAUAUGACUCUGGUGCUCAAUCACCGGUGGACGAGCGUACAAGUACUAUGGGUACAGCCUCAAGCACUGGGCGCAAAUCGCCCUACUACUUUUACCGCCCUACCAGAAAGCCCGUUUCCGGGGCGAGGUCUCCUGUCGAGUCGAGAGCAAGACAUCUGGCUGGCCCUUCGAACGCAGAAAAGUCUACAGACUCCUUCAUGACCGCCAAGUCGAACUUUGCACAGCUUCAAGACGAAGGCCAAGCUCUUCUCGGCGGACGUCCGUUGAUGGACCGUGAUGAUCCCUACCAACGCGCCAUGGCAGCGACAGGUCCGGACGUAGCACGUCGCUCCUCAACCAUGGACCACGACCUCAGCAUAGCUCCACCCAGACGCCAAAAAGGCCUCAUCGGAUCACUCCGGAGAGCCCUCACUGCAAUGUCAAACGACCGUAGCUUCUCCUUCACCAGCAACGCAGCAGAGAAGCAAUACGAAGACGAGCCCCGAACAUCAUCCUCCUCACCAACUCGAUCCCGCAAACCAGUCCUCGGCACAACCGCCACGCCACGAAGAGCAGUCUCCGACGGCGGAGCCUGGCUAAAACAAAAGCGAGGCGAGAACGACUGGGAGCAGGAUAAAAGCUUCGCGCCCUACCGCGACAACCCUCAUCUAGACGCCGGCGACUGGGGCGAAAGUCUUGCUCGCAGAACCUCCCAGGACGAUCGCCGAGCAGGUGAAGAGUGGGACGUCGAGGGCGCGGUGAGUAAGCGAGACGUCCAGGUGAUGUUCACAGUCCCGAAAGCCAGGCUCCGAGUCGUCAACGCCGAUAUCGAUCGCGCGAGUAUGCGCAGCGCCAGCGAUGGCGCCGUGAGUCGCAACAACAGCGUGAGGGAGGCGAUCAAGCAUAAGGAAAGCAUGCGAUCAAUGCGCAGUCGGAGCGAUGGGACUGGAGAGGCGGGCAGGACGAUGGCGACUGUUGAGGAAAGCAGUAGUAGUACUUCCGCUGCUACUACCGCGCGGGAGCCGCUUGGGUGGGAUACGCCGAGAUUGAGGUAG